AUGACAGAUUUCUACAUAGAUAGAAACAAUAUUCUUUAAAAUAAAUACAGAGAAGAAUAUUUGGAGAGACACAAAAAGAGAUUAGACGAGAUUUCAAAAAGAAAGGCAAAGAAGAACACAGCCUCCCUUGAAAGUGAUAUAAGUGUUAGACUCAAUAAUAACAAAAGGCAAAUUCAUGAGUUAAAUCAGCACAGUAACAUUAACUUAAUUUUGAUAAAUAUUCUGGAGAUAGAUUAAAAAGAGGCUACUGACAAGAGUAAUUAACUGCUAUUAAGGAAGCUUGUUGAAAUUUAAGCUGGCAAAAGAUCUAUACUGCCUAAGAGUCAUUCACAUUCCUAGCUUGUUACUGACUUUAGAGCAAAGAGUUUGCAUAUUUCACGGAGAAAGAUUGAGCUCGAAAGAAUAGAAAAAGAAAAUCUAAAAAUAGCUUAGAAGAUCUAUGAACUAAAACCUCAUUUGUAAAUUUCCGAAUUUGAAUAAGAGUUUGAAAAUCAUAAGAAAUACGCAAGUUCGAUUAGAAAAUUGUACAAGAAAAAACUUCCAAUUAAUAAUGGGAAACAUGGUGCUCUUCCACCCUUGGGAACAGCAUCAGCAGAUGAAAAUAAUGAGGAGGAGAAUGAGCAGCCUGAUAGAAGUUAACUCAAAGAAGUAUCUUAAUCAAUGGAUGAUGCUAUGUUAUAGCAAGUGAGAUAGUUAUCAAAGACCUAAGAUAAUUCUACUGAUAGAGAUUUGAGAGAUAGUGUUAUACUUCUAGAAGAAUCAAAGGAUGGUAAGCAAGAAGGGGCUGGCAACCAUGGUGGAAAGAAAGAUAAGACUGAAAAGAAGUUACAAAUCGUUCAAUACAAAGCUGCCAGCAAGGACACCUUGAAGUUAUAUACUAAGAAAACAUCACCUAAGAGAGAUAAAAAAGGGCUUAAAAAUGGGGAUAUUGAGUCAGCACUUAAAGAAAAAAAGGAAGAAUAGACAUAGUAAUAACCAGUGGGACUAAUUCAAGAUGAGCCGAAACCUGAUAUUGAAACAGAGCAACCAGAGUGA